AUGGAAAGGAAGAAGGAGCUCUAUGUGGAAAGGACCUAUACAGAAGCUUACAUACACUAUAAAAGACAGCCCAGCUCAUCACUCUCUCAUCCACCAUUGCCUUUUCUUUGGAAUCAGGUACAACUCAAGCUUCAAGACAUGUCCUGCUGUGACCAGUGCGUGCCAUGCCGGCCCUGCGGCCCGACUCCUCUGGCCAGCAGCUGCAAUGAGCCCUGUGUUAGGCAGUGCCAGCCCUCCACCAUCGUCAUCCAGCCCUCUCCCGUGGUGGUGACCCUGCCCGGACCCAUCCUCAGCUCCUUCCCACAGAACACCGCCGUGGGAUCCUCCACCUCUGCUGCUGUUGGCAGCAUCCUCAGCUCUGAGGGUGUACCCAUCAGCUCGGGGGGCUUGGACCUCUCCUGCAUUUCCAACCGCUACGGCAGGUGCACCCCUUGCUAA